GUGCUCAAAGCCACAGUCAGAAAGCAAAAGGGACUCUGAGACUCACAGAAGGCUAACACCAGGGACGCUGAACUAAGUUUUGAAUACUGCAACUGAAAACGCUGGAAAAUGUGUAAAGGAUUAGCUGCCUUACCCCAAACCUGCCUUGAAAGGGCCAAGGAAAUCAAGUCCAAAUUGGGAGUUUUACUGCAGAAGCCAGAAAAUGCCAUCGACCUCAUCAUCCCCUACCCCGAGAAGACUGAGAAGAAGCCGGAGAAGCUGCAGAAGCCGACUGCUGACGAGGCUGCUCAGUGGCGUGAGAGUCUGGACCGAGUCCUGAACAACAACUAUGGUCUGGCUGCUUUCCGUAGCUUCCUGCAGUCUGAGUUCAGUGAUGAGAACAUCGAGUUCUGGAUGGCCUGUGAGGAUUUCAAGAAGACCAAGAACCCCGUGAAGAUGUCUGCCAAGGCCAAGAAGAUCUAUGAAAACUUCAUCCAGUCUGAGGGACCCAGAGAGGUGAACAUUGACCACUUCACCAAGGAUGUGACCCUGAGGAACCUCGUGGAUCUUUCCUCUGGGACCUUCGACCUGGCCCAGAAGAGGAUUUACGCCCUGAUGGAGAAAGACUCCUUCGGGCGUUUCCUCCGGUCUGAGCAGUACCAGGAGCUCCUGGUCAACUAAGCAGGGGUCUGAGGAGCUGGGGUGGGGGGCGGGGAGGUGGGGAGCUUUCAAACAGCAGUCGGUUAACAUGAAAACAAUAGGAAACAUUUGAUGGCUUUAAAUUAAAUAUUUCUAAUAAACUACCAUUGUCUAAGACAGUUUGAAGACUUUUAUUUUGCCAAAUCUAAAUUCUGAAGGGGGGUAUUUGAAAAUUCUAUUUCAAAUUCAGCUAAGCAGAAAAUCUGCCCUAUGAAAUAGCCCCAUCUCCCCGCCCAACACACACACAUACACACACACACACCACACACACACACACACGUUCCUGGAUUUCAAUCUUAAUUAAGACCAACAAUGAUUCUCUAUCUUUUUUUAAGAAGUGAUUUCAGUUUUUAAAAAAUAGCCUCAAAAUCUGAUCGUUCUUACACAGAAAGCAGGUGAACAGGAACACACACUCAGAUAUACACAAAGUAAUGAUCCAUAUUGAAACAUUCAUCAGUGGGUUUCUAUGCAAAACUUACAACUCUUUUCAAUUCGACCGCAAAGUCAAUUCUUCAACUUUAGGAUACAUAUACAAAAAGUAUGCUCUUGAGAUCAUCCCACUUUUGUGUGUCAAGGUGUUGUAGUAGCUUUGUCAAAACUUUAAACAGAUUUGUGUACCCAAUGGACUGCUACGCAUUUUCUACCAUCUUCCUAAAAUUCUGUUUUGAAACAACACAGUAAAAAUAGCAAUAAAAAGUAGGUCCAUAUGCAUUUAUUUUCUUUCCCCUUCUGUAGUUUGUCUUCACUAGAAAGAAAACCAUCUGGUCUAGAAAUUCAAAGCAUCUCAGGUAGGUGUUGACAGGACCCGAAGAGUUAAUUACAAGUUUAAAGGGCUGCAUCAUCAUGGGCACAGCUCAGUCUGUUCCACAGCUACAAUACAAAAGUAGUCUUAAGUAACACAACACUUUGACACAUAAGUAUAAAUUAGCCUUAAUUAGUGCUGGUUCUGUCCACACCAGAUGCUCCUGAGGGGAUUGAUCUCAUUCUUUUAAUAUUUCAUCACAGCUAUAUUAAUAAUUAACUUUAUUCACAUUUACUUUACAGCUUCUGGUCUGUGUCAUGUCAACAACACCGCAGGCAACUUUCUAGCCCACCUAUGCCUAAACAUGACUAUGACUUCAUAUAAAAUGAUUUCAAUACAUAUGAACUUUUUCUAUUGGUUACAUCAAAAUAGCCAAACAGAGACAUGACAUUCUGCAGUUUUGUCAAGCAGUUAGAUUGACCUCAACGUUCACUUUAAAUGUACAAAAAUGUUAAAUCAUUUAAAAACAAUACAAAACCCAGUGUUUGUCUUUUUCCAUUGCACAUUUAAGUAUCAUCCAAACAGAUGUUAAGGAUGGUUGUUAAGUAGUUUUCCCAAGAAGAAUCAAAGAUAUUUUCAGUUCUCAGAAAGGAUAUGAACUCUUACACAGCUCUCUAUUUUAAAUCAGUGAACUCCACACUAGUAUCAGUGCAUGACUAAGGAUUAUUACAUAUGUUUUUCUUCUUGUCUGCUCCAACCUCUCGCAGUCACAUAGAUACACAAUUUGGAUUUUCACCAAACCCCACUUUUUUUUUCGUAAUGUAUCCUGUGAGAUCCGUCCUUGAAAAAACAGUGCUGGCUAGUUGGCUCAGCGGUCUAGCUCCUUGGUGACCGCUAAACUGCAAGUUGCUAAGAUGGGAAUAUCAAGUAGGAGGGAAUCUCGGAAUAACAAGUAAACAGAGCAGUGGUUUUAAACAAAGAACAGUCUCUUUCCCAUGUGAUAAUACCAAAGCUGUAUGUAUGCAUGCUGAGUAACUACAAAGGUCCAGACCUGAUUUUAAUUAAUCAGUGAAUAACAUGGGAGACAGAACUUGCAAGUUUGCAGCACUUGACAAGCUCCUCAGUUGCUACUGAGAAUUAUUUUAUGCUGGGAAAAGUAAUUACAAGCCAUGAAGCACACACUUUAAUGUAAGAUUAAAUUUAAAGUCACUAAGGGAAUUUAUCUUUGCAAUACAAUCAGACAAGUGUAUACAAAAUCAGUUAAGCCAAAUAUAUAUGUUCUUUUCAUGCAAUUGUCCAAGUUGAGUCUUUAUACUUUCAACACAAGUUGUUAUUCACUCUUUUGCACUGUAACAAAACACUGGUUUUCACCCACUUAUACAAGACUGAGACAUAAACAGAUGUAAUGGUGGAUUUGGUGUGCAAUGUUUAAUUAUCCUAAAUAUGUACUUUUAGUAAAAUGUAGCAGUCAUUAAGUGUGAUUAUAUUUACUCUUUUUUUUUUUUUAAUAUUUAACCACACAACUAUUAUUAUCUAUAUAUUCAGCAUUUUACAAGUCCUUAUUGAGAAGAUCAGGAUGUCAGGAGUGACAUUUUCAAUUUUUCGUCAUUUUGGUUAAGAGGUGCAUGAAAUCAACCAACAACGUGAUUAAAAGUCCUUCAGAUCCAUCACAGUAUUGAGUGGCAUUGACAAGGUUUUAAUAUGGCAUAGAUUGACCAGUCUGAUGUCAUAACCUGAGUGUCAAAAGUCAACAAACAACAUCAUAUACAAAAAUCAAUAAGGGCUUUAACAGUGCUGAGUAUGCAUUAUUUGAUGUGGCUUUGCAUGUACGUUUUGGAGUCGAUCACAUAAAAAUAUAUAAGCAUACAAUUCCCGAAGAUGUAUUUAUUUAUACGUGUAAAUAUCUUCUAAGUUAUUCCAAAAUACAGCAUUGGAAUCGAUGAAUCUUUGAAUGGGGAGCUGGCAGGACUCCUCACAAAGUCUGUUCACUGUUAUAAAAGAAGAAACACUU